CUGCGCCGUAAACUACUGUGCUGCCGGAACCCUGAGCUCUAUUGGUAGCUGGUUCACCGUCUGCAACUACAAGUCCCAGGGCAACGUCAUCGGUAGCUUCGCUCAGAACGUCCUGCCUCCUCGCGAUGCUGCUUCCGUCUACGUUGCUUAAGCGGCGCGACGAGCUGCCGAGUGUUCUUGGGUGAAUCCGAUGAACUACACUUGCACCCUCUCGUCCAGCCUACUUAAAUCAUGGCCAUGUCUUGGUUUGCGACAUGGCCACUGGGUACGAGAUCGGAUGAUCUAGCGAGCCUUUUCUUUCUUUCUUUUUCUUUUCACUUCUAUCGCUGUACCUUACUAGGAGAUCGCUUGACUUUAUCGAUCUCCUUGUCUCGUCUCUGGGACCACUUGAAUCGGGCCCAUGAAUGGCAUGGAUACAUUUCUUCAUACCAACUUCCAUUCGGCACUUGCGCGCAAUUGGCAGGCAUUUUCCAGUCUUACCUUGGUGGCCAGGAACCUGUUUCGAGGACACUGAACAUUGAUGAUGAUGCAUUUACGGACCUGGAGUGGAAUGAGAAACCUUUUUUUGGGGGGGAGGUUACCAACCCACAACGGAACAGCGAUUCUUCUCCAAUUCUUGGUCUGGUUGCCGUGGAAAUUUCAUCGAGGCUUCACUUGAGGACUUUUUUGGUGGAUCUGCCAGACGACCGACACACGUUCAUGACUCCUUUUGGUUCUUUGUACCUAUGGUUCUCUUUUUGACUUGAUUUUAGAGUUAGGGAGGCAGUCCAAUGUGACC